ACAGUGCAGCCGCAACGUGCGUGCGCCCGUCUCGCUUGCUGCCGCCGGGUUCCGUGGAGGGUUGGAUCAUGGACGGACUCCGAGCUGGUGCAGGGCUGUUGAGGCGCGGGCGGCUGAGACGCCGGCGCCAGCCGCAGCCACAUAGCGGGUCAGUGCUGGCCCUGCCCUUGAGGCCCAGGAAGAUCCGAAGGCAGCUGAGAAGAAGUGUUGCGUCCCGCAUGGCCGCGCUGAGGGCCCAGACGCUGCCAAGCGAGGACUCGGAGGACUCGAGGGUGGAGUCAACAGUGGACGAUCCCGGGGACUCGCUGCCUGGUGGAGCGACGGCCACCCCAGAUGCAGCUCGGCAAGAGCCGUACGGCCAACUCGGUCCUGCAGAGCUGCUGGAAGGCUCGCCCGCGGCCCGCUCUCUGCAGACCCCGCCAUCGCGCCUGGUGCCGGCUUCGGCGCAGACCGCGCGCCUGGUGGAGGUGCCCGCCGCACCCACCCGCGUGGCGGAGACCUCGGCCCUGCUGUGCUCUGCCCAGCACUUGGCGGCUGCCCCACCGUCCGUGACCCCUGCGACGCUGUCGGGGCCGCAGGUGGAUAGCACGGGCGGGGAGCUGACCUGGGACUCGCCGCUACAGCGCGUCUUGGCGGAGCUGAACAGCAUCCCCAGUAGCCGGCGGCGGGCGGCGCGCCUCUUCGAGUGGCUCAUCGCUCCCAUGCCACCCGAUCAUUUCUACCGGCGUCUGUGGGAGCGGGAGGCGGUGCUCGUACGGCGGCAGGACCACACCUACUACCAGGGUCUUUUCUCUACGGCGGAUCUGGACUCCAUCCUGCGCAAUGAGGAUGUGCAGUUCAGCCAGCACCUGGAUGCCGCGCGCUACCUAAACGGGCAGCGCGAGACCUUGAACCCGCCAGGCCGCGCCCUGCCCUCCGCCGCUUGGUCCCUAUACCAGGCCGGCUGCUCCCUUCGCCUUCUUUGUCCGCAGGCUUUCUCGACCACCGUGUGGCAGGUUUUGGCUGUGCUCCAGGAGCAGUUUGGAAGUAUGGCAGGCUCCAACGUUUACCUCACGCCCCCCAACUCGCAGGGCUUUGCCCCCCACUACGACGACAUAGAGGCUUUUGUGCUACAGUUGGAAGGUAGGAAACUCUGGCGUGUCUACCGACCCCGCGUCCCGACUGAGGAACUGGCCCUGACAUCCAGCCCUAACUUCAGCCAGGACGACCUCGGUGAGCCGGUGCUGCAGACCGUGCUGGAACCUGGAGAUUUGCUCUAUUUUCCUCGGGGCUUCAUUCACCAAGCCGAAUGCCAGGAUGGAGUGCACUCUCUGCACCUCACCUUGUCCACGUACCAGCGCAAUACCUGGGGCGACUUCCUGGAGGCCGUACUGCCUCUGGCAGUGCAGGCUGCAAUGGAAGAAAACGUGGAGUUUCGUAGGGGUCUGCCCAGAGACUUUAUGGAUUACAUGGGGGCCCAGCAUUCGGAUUCCAAGGAUCCGCGAAGAACCGCUUUCAUGGAGAAGGUGCGGGUCUUGGUUGCCCGCUUGGGACACUUUGCCCCUGUCGAUGCUGUGGCUGACCAGCGAGCCAAAGAUUUUAUCCACGAUUCUAUGCCUCCUGUGCUGACUGAUAGGGAGAGAGCACUAAGUGUUUAUGGGCUCCCAAUUCGCUGGGAGGCUGGAGAACCUGUGAACGUGGGGGCCCAGUUGACAACAGAAACAGAAGUGCACAUGCUUCAGGAUGGGAUAGCUCGGCUGGUGGGUGAGGGAGACCAUUUGUUUCUCUAUUAUACAGUGGAAAACUCUCGCGUUUACCAUCUGGAAGAGCCCAAGUGCUUGGAGAUAUACCCCCAGCAAGCUGACGCUGUGGAACUCUUGCUCCGCUCCUAUCCAGAGUUUGUGAGAGUAGGGGACCUACCCUGUGACAGUGUGGAGGAACAACUUUCCUUGGCAACCAUGUUAUAUGACAAAGGGCUGCUGCUCACCAAGAUGCCUCUUACCUGAAGGAGUUUCUUGUUGAUUGCUGGAAACAAGGCAGUAGUGUGAUUCCUACCACCACUACCUUGUUUUUGGAAAAACUCACGUUCUUACCUUGAUAAUCAUCAGUGAGCUCACAUUUACCUUUAAGACUGCUUCAAUGUCACAGAGUUCAGAUGGUCUUCUAGGAACCACCACCUCAUCUAGGCGCAAAAGUAAAAGCAGAAGUUGAAGGUGGAAAAACGGAGCUGUUUCUGCAGAAGUAACCUUGAUCCCUGAUCAUUUCAGAGUACCAACUUCAUCAUCACCCUCAGGCUUUCGUGUACUGUGUAGCACUUGCUGUGUCAUUCUGCUUGAGACAUUAGAAGUUUUUAUUUGGAAUUUGCAUCCUUCAUUUGAGUUCUCUUUCAUCAGUUUGGGGGAGGGUUGGGGUCAGUAUCCUGUUUGUUACUGUGAGUUUGUAUGAAUGUUAGAAAAGUUAUUAAAAUGCCAAAG